AGGACAUUCCUUCCCUCUUAGCAUUUUUAGUUUCUAUCAGAGAUGAGUGCUGCAGAGUCUGCGGAGGCUUUUGUAGGCAUGCUCAGUACCACAGACAGCCUUCAGAAGGGCGAGAUUGAUGAAGAACAACAAGGACAAUGUCUCAGAAUCGUCUCCCCCGUGUCUCCUGCUAGGCUUUACUGUUGCUAUGGAGUGAUCAUCGUCCUCACUGUAGCUGUGAUUGUACUUUCUGUUGCUUUGUCAUUAUCAGUAAAAAGCCAAGAACAGGUCUCAAUCAAAAAUACCAAUGCUCCUUGCCCAAGAAAGUGGAUUGGAUUUGGAAGUAAAUGUUUUUAUUUUUCUGAAGACACAAGUAACUGGACAUUCAGUCAGAAAUUCUGCAUGGAACCAAAGGCCCAGCUAGCUCGAUUUGACAACUUGGACGAGCUGAAUUUCCUGAGGAGAUACAAAGGGACCUUUGACUACUGGAUCGGCCUGCACAGAGAGUCACCAGAGCACCCUUGGAGGUGGAUGGACAACACUGAGUAUAACAACUCGGUUGCCAUCCGAGGAGUGGAAAAAUAUGCCUACCUGAACAACAAGUGGAUCAGCAGUGCCAGGGUCUAUGCAGACAUGAGAUGGAUCUGUAGCAAGCCCAACAGCUGUUUCCUGCGAUGUCAAAUUCCUUUUGCUUCUUUCUUGUCUUUGUCAAGUCAUGCUUUAACAAAUAACAAGGAAACAAAACCCUGUGCUGAGAGAAGUCCAGGAGAGCACAGCAGAAUCCCCUACAGUGUGAGCUGGAGGGCUGGGCCAGGGCUGCAGCUAGAGGAUGCUGCUGCUCAAGAGGAUGACAGAGCAAGCUGCAACCCUUUCAGUGAUUAUGGAUCUAGUGGAUCAACUUGUCCGGGCUCUGAGAUGAGUGCUGCAGGGCCUGCGGAGGUUUUUGUGGGCAGGCUCAGUACCACAGACAGUCUGCAGGAGGGCGAGCUGGGUAAAAAGCUCAAAAGAAAAUAUCUCAGAAUCGUCUCCCCUGUGUUUCCUGCCAGGAUUUACUGCUGCUAUGUAGUGAUCAUCAUUCUCACUGUAGCUGUCAUUGCACUGUCUGUUGCUCUGUCAUUGUCAGUAAGAAGACAAGAACAGGUCUCAAUCGAAAAUACCUAUACCUAUGCUGCUUGCCCAAGAAACUGGAUUGGAUUUUGGAAUAAAUGUUUUUAUUUCUCUGAAGACUCGAGUACUUGGAUAUUAAGCCAGAACUUCUGCAUGGAACAAAAGGCCCAGUUAGCUCAAUUUGACAACAUGGAGGAGCUGAAUUUCCUGAAGAGAUACAAAGGGACCUCUGACUACUGGAUUGGCCUACACAGAGAGUCACCACAGCACCCUUGGAAGUGGACGGACAACACAGAAUACAACAGCUCAAUUCCCAUCCGAGGAGUGGAAGACUAUGCCUACCUGAACAACAACGGGAUCAGCAGUGCCAGGAUCUAUGCAGACAGGAGAUGGAUCUGUAGCAAGCCCAACAACUAUACCCUCCAAUGCCAAAUUCCUUUUGUUUCUUUCUAGUCUUUGUCAAGAGAUGCUUUGCAAUGUGAUAUCUACAGUUGCUGCUCUAUCCCCUGUUUGCCAACAUUGUUAUCAAAAAGAAUUGAUAAUAUUUCUUUAUAUCCAAAUGAAAAUCAUGUUGGAGAACUGUACAUAUAAGGGUUUAGAAAAACAUAGGUGAGUCUAAAAUACUUGUUGGCACUCAUACCUUAAGCCUAAAGUACAAUUAAUGUUUUUGACCCCUACUUUUAUGAAAUGAAGUUUUUGUUCAGACAGUUCUUUCUUUGAAUUUAUGAGAUCACCAGAAUGAGUUCCUCAUUUCAACUUUAAUAAUUACAAACAAUUGGACAGUGGUGGUACAUUCCUUUAAUCCCAGCACUCAGGAGGCAGAGCAGGCAGAUCUUUGUGAGUUUAGGGCCAAUCUGGUCUACAGAUCUGUUACAGGAAAGAUAGGGGCUGUUACCUAGGGAAAUUCUGUCUCAAAAACCAAAACCAAAGGACUAAAAAAAUAAAAAAAGAAGAAGGAAAAAAAAGCAGCAGGCAAUGGUGGUAAAAGCCUUUAAUCCCAGCACUCAGGAGCCAGAGGUAGGUAGCUAUCUGUGAGUUUGAUGUCAGAUUGGUCUACAAAGUAAGUUCUAGGACAGCUAAAACUACACAGAUACAUACUGUUUCCGGCUGAAAAAAAAAGAAAAGGAAAGAAAAAGAAAAAAUGAAAAGCAGAGGGCUGGUGUUUUCUGAAAAUUACUUGUGUUUUCAGAAAAAUAAAAGACAUUUACUCCCAAGUCCAUCCAGUUUCUUAGGCAAGCAGCAUGGGUAUUUUUGAUUGAGACCUAUAAUUACACAUGUAACCCCAGGUAGUUAAGGGUUGAAAUAGGAGGAUUACAGAUUCACAAGUGAGGUCUGACAGUAUGGGAAUUCUAAUGAUAGGGAAGAUGAGAAUCCAUUUUCACCAUCCCAUAAUUUGGGGACACACACUAUACAUUCUUUUGAAAAGUUGUUCCAACAUGUAGAAGAAUUUAAAAAGUAUUUAACACUAAUAUUUACUUCAUACUUUCCAAUUUAAAAAAUUAGGGACAUUGUCAAAAUGUUUCUCUACUUUAGUUUUCAAUGUUUCUGUUUCCAAUUAUUCUACUCUAAGUACAUCUUAUAAACAAAUGCCAUUUUGUUUAAUGAUUUGCUUGGAUUUAUUUCACAUCAAAUGGGAGUUAAACUCCUCAGGCAUUCAAGACUCCUCAGUAGUGUGUGUACAAAUGGGCCCUAAAAUCAAGGUAUUUAAAAUCUUUAUAGAGCAGCUACACUGUACUGAUGAGUUUCAAAAAGAACGAAAUAUCAGGUUGCAAAGCACCUCUUGGCCUCUUCACCUCCUUCUCUUUCCCUUGUUCUGU